AUGGCAGAUCGGUGUAAGCUUUCUGCUGCCAUUGUAUCCGAUUCUGUGGAAAGGUCGUACUUGCUCAAGGUAGACGGGUACUCGAGCGCCAAGGAGCGAUUCAAGACCGGCGAGUGCCUGGCUUCUCCCCUUCUCAGCUUCAAAGGGCACGACUUGGAUCAAAACAGCUCUGCUGGAGAGACUAUGGAUGAUCAGUUUGUUGUGGUUCCUCCAAGCAACCUGCACCUGCAUUUCGCCGACCUGCUAGAGAGCAUGGAUGGAGCGGACGUGACCUUUCAUGUCGGCGGGCAGAUGUUCUCGGCCCAUAGGCUCAUUCUCGCCGCGAGGUCACCUGUUUUCAGGGCCGAGCUCCUCGGAGCCAUGAAGGAGAAAGCCGGCGGUCCCAUUGAAAUCCAUGACAUGGAGGCUGAUGUGUUCAAGUGUUUGCUCCAUUUCAUAUACACCGACUCACUGCCUGCACAUCUAGAUGUGAUGAUGGCUAGCCACCUACUCGUGGCAGCAGACAGGUACAAUAUCGAGAGGCUGAAACUCAUAUGCGAGCACAAGUUACGCAGCCACAUUGAUGCCAACAUGGUGGCGACCAGUUUGGUCUUAGCUGAGCAGCAUUGCUGCAAUGGACUCAAGGAAGCCUGUUUACAGUUCCUUGCUUCUCCUUCCAAUUUGGAGGCAAUGAUGGCAAGUGAUGGCUACAAGCAUCUCAAAAGCAGUUGCCCAUCUGCCCUCAAGGAGUUGAUUGCUAGGCUCCUGCCGCCUAACAUGAAAGCUGCCAAGGAUAUUGUCAUGGCACUUUAGUACUAUGACGCAUGAUGACCACAUCUAAAUUAAUUAUCUAUGCAUGUCUCAGAUUAGUUCUCUAUGUAUGGUUGGAUGUGUGCCGUAGCAGAAAAAAAGAAAAACCUGCUAUAUAUGUUUGUUGUUGACUCUGCAAUUUCAUGUUCUAUCCGGUCUGUAUCGAACUCUAAUUUCUCUUCUAGGG